AUGAAGAAGCGCCGUAAUGCACCCAAGAUCGCACCGACAUCAAGCGAUCCAGUGCCCAUCAUCUCACCACUUCUACUAUUACCCGCUGAACUCCGCAACCAAAUCUACAAAUACGUGCUACUAUCCCAACACCGCCCCAUCGAACUCUUCAAAUCACCCGUCCUCUACAGCUCAUGGAGCCACAGCACAUCCGCGUGGUUCCGCAUGGUAAAACCCAGCCAACUCUCCGCCAACAAGAGCUCACCAUCAGCAUCAAACCCUGGCUCCGCUACGUUGACUUCGUAUACGGGUCUUUUCGGCCUGUAG